AUGGCAAAAAACGAAAAUAAAUUCAAUUUUGAUAAAGACGAGCGUGUUCUUUGUUAUCACGGUCCUUUUAUCUAUGAAGCCAAGAUCUUGAAACGAGAAAAGAAAGAAGAUCAGGAUGAGCAAGAAGGAAACCAAUAUUUUGUUCAUUAUAAGGGUUGGAAACAAACGCAAGUAUCGACUUGGUGGGAUGAAUGGGUCACAGAAGACAGAGUACUUAAAUAUACAGACGCCAAUUUGCAGAAACAAAAGCAGCUUAAAGAGUCCAAUUUGAAGAGAAAAUCAUCCCGUGCUUCUGUUGGUGCCAGUGCAACACCCGAAAACGCAUCUGAAUCAAGAAGUCGAAAAAGACACCGUGACUCAAGUAUAGAUAAAGCAAAGCUUGAUGAAGACUGCAAGCGACCCGAAUUCAAAUUGACCAUACCAGAUGCAUUAAAGGGAUUAUUAGUGGAUGAUUGGGAAAACAUAACGAAAAAUAGACAGAUUCUGGUUAUUCCACGAGAAAUUGUAGUAGACAAGAUCCUUCAGGAUUUCAAAGAACAAUGCAUGAUCAAAGACGAAGCAUUAGAAGAGUUUAUUAAAGGCGCUCAAUUAUACUUUAAUAAGACAUUAGUCACUUCUUUAUUGUAUCGAUCAGAACGCAAGCAACAUGAAGAAGUAUGCAGGGAAAAAGAACCAAGCAGUGUCUAUGGCGCGGAACAUUUGCUUCGUUUGUUUGUUGAAAUUCCUAGCUUGAUUAGUGAAGCAAACAUUGAUACCGACACAAUGGCUGAAUUGAAAGAGCGUUUUGAAGAUUUACUGAGAUUUAUUCAAAAUCAUGAAAAAGAUUAUUUCUCAAACGACUACAGUACUUUGACUUCAGAUUAAGAUAAUUUUGUACUUUUCUAGACUAAUUAAACAUUCUUUUUUUCUUUUGAUACGAAUCAAACAUUGAAGCGCUUAUGUAGUAACUGUUGAAUACCAAGAAUAAAAGCUUUUUUUUUUU